UCAAAAUCGUCUCCACCUAUCAAUUCACGAAGAAACGGCUUGGAGAGCCAAUACGCACAGGCUGAGAUCGAAAUCUUGCGAAUCCUUGAAUAAAGGAAACUACUUUGCAGAAACAGGUCGUGGUUUGCCUUUACAGAACCAUGUCCGAGUUCCGCUGCAGGCUUCGGUUGCUCGGCGGCUUUCUGACCGGGAGUCGGAAAAGAGGAGUCAAGGUGGCGACAACGGAAACGGCACUACCCCACCUUUGCCACCACGGCGGACCCCGUCUCCGCGGCCUUCAGGAGCCAGUGGAGUUGUGCAACAAAGUGGUGCCAGUGUGCGCACGCCUAUGAUGUUGGGGACAGGUGGCCAACACCUCUCUGACCAGGGAGCUACAGGUGCAGUCACACCAUCAGUGCAAUCUUCCUCAGCCGCUGCUGCCAGUGGUGCGGGCGCAUUGCCUCUAGUCCAAUUUUUCGGACGCCCUAGUAGUUCGUCUCAAUCCGCUCAUCUCUGUCCUGCAUGCCGGAAUGUAGAGGAAGCUGUAGCUAAACGUACCGUGUUACGAGGGCGCAGACAGGCUGCCGCGCGUGAGGCAGCUCAGCGAAUAGCGGAGCUGGAGUUGCAGCAUUUGCAGCUUGUCAGGGCGUUUAGAUACGGAGGGCUGGAACAAGUUGGGCGAAUGGGUAAUAUCCUCAAGAGUCACCAGAUGCUGCGACAGGCACGCCGAGAUGCUGAACAGGAAGAACGAGUUUCACGGGAUGAAGAAGCCGCGUUAAGUGCUUUUAUUGAUAAGAGCUCCGACAGACAGGAAGCGGAAGAACGGGUGGCUGGGGAAGUGCUCCGUCAGCGCCUGCAAAAUCAGCUAGCAAAUUAUGCUGUGUUGCGGAUCGAGGCGGCAAUAGAACGGCAACGUCAAAUGGUACAGCUCCAGAGGCAGCUCGUAGACGUACUGGCCCAGAGACUAGGCGCAGAAAACCAGGAGGAACGUGCUCUGCUGGAUGCUGAAGCAGACAGAAUCCUACAGGAAAUCGAACAUGCUGCGGAUCCUGCGAGGAAUCCGCAACGUGGCCGUAGAAAGCCAGCGUGAUGUAGACGGGGUCACGUACUUUAAGUGCGUCAAGCACAGUUAUCCGAAGAAAAACGUGCACUCUGGACGCGGAACGGUGAUAUAAGAGGCUUGAAGUAGGUAGGGAUAAUACCACGUUCUUAACUGUGUCACUCACGUUACGAACAUCAAAAUACCUUGCCUAGAUCUGAGACGAAUGACAGCAGAGGCGAGGAUAGCAGGAGCCCGCUUUAUCCUGCAUGAUUCCUUUCAUACUGUAUCGCUCUUUCUAUUCGACAUCGGCAACCGGUGGCGACACUCUGUGAAGGUGCUUUUCUGUCAACUUGAUACGAAAGCCCGUUUCCCUGUGAGUGCUGUGGGACACGUUUUGCCGUAUCAAGAGACAACCCCAACUAAACGUCACGUGGGAAUGCAGCACAUACGCCAGUUACCCUUUUCUUAGCAAGAGGUCGAUGAAGAAACCAAAACCGCUUUUACAGCAUAUUUGACAUAGUCAAUCGAGGGGCAAACGAAACAUUGAAGAGUGCCAGUAUCGUUUUGAAAGUCUACAUUCGAUUGGCGGCCAACACCCACCCCCAAGCGUAUCUAAUUGAUAGUGCGGUUUCCGAUGCCUCUAUUGAACAACUGAGUUGCCGGACAAGUGGCCAGCUGUGUUGGCAGACAGAGUGGUGAACAAAUCUGUAUUCAGAAACUUCUGAAUGGCUGUAGUCGUCAAAA